ACGAGACUACAGGGGAGCUAACAGCGUAUGCCGAGCUCGCGGCCUGUCUGGCUGCUACUCCGAGAGGUGACGGACUGCCAGACGACUUCUGGAUCGGUGUUGUCAGCCAGUGGUCGCGACACUGGUUCUGGAUUAAUGGCACACUGCUGAACCCCAUCCAGUAUGUGAACAGGAGACCCGACGGCACUGUCCGACUCCAAGUUCAACGUCUGCAGUCAGUACCUCAGCGUCGACUACUGCGUGUCCGUCUGCCGUGAUGAUGCUGCUGCAUACACUGUGCUGCAUCAUCGCACAGCCUAUUUCUGCUGCCAGUGCAGUUUUUACAUCCGGGACUCGCUGGUGUAUGCGGCCAACGAGAGCUACUUCUUGCCAGACAACCGAUCCCUGUUUUACAUCGCUCCAGCCAGAGAAAGCAACUUGAUCCGUUUAGCAAGCUCAGAAACUUUUUCUGAUACGGAGACUUUGUGUGCUGUGGUGGAUUCCAACACUGCCAACACCAGGGAGCUCUCGAGUCAGACAUGCUUCUCCGAGUCGCCAUUUCUAUGCCGUUUGACUAACACCACGGACUGCAACAACCCCGAGUGUACAACCGUCCAGUGUCGGUUCCGAGUGAGGGACGAGUGCGUUCUGAGCGACGGCCGUCGUUUGACCUGGUUCGGCGCUCGCUCCGUCUGCCGCUCGCUGGGUGGUGACCUGUGGACUCUGGGGACACUGGACGACAUGUACCAGGUGUCGCAGUACCUACUGAGGAGCACACCAUACUGGCUAGGGGCCACUGACCACGUGUGGGCCUUCGCUCCAGAGAGCAACAUUUUUGGCAAAACUGCCCCGGACUUUGAAGUGGUGAGGUGUGGACACAUGUUUUUGGAAAGAACAGGUGAAUCCAGUCAAAGCUUUGAGUGGAAGUGGGCAGGUACAAGAUGCGACCAGCAGAAAUCGUACAUUUGUCAGUAUGCGGUCACGGAGCAGGCUCGCUUCGCCUCGUCAUCCAGCACGAAGGACAACGUGGUGUGUCCCUGGAAGAUCCCGCCCAUACCCACUCAACCCCCUGUCAACACUCUCGUCCCUCCCAUCCACACUACGGCCGACACCGGGUCUGGGAUGACACUCCCCGCUCUCGUUGCAGACGGUGGGGAUGGAGAAACAGGUUAUCCCAUCGCCGCGAUCAUUGCGGCUUGCAUCGCCGCACUCGUCAUUCUGUUGUGUGCCAUCUUCAUGCUGGGCUACAGUCGGCGCCGGAAAUGGCUGUUGGAGAAAUGGAAGCGAACCCGGGAGUAUCUAUGGCCGUUCUGGACGUCAGCGCCAACCUACGUCACGGCUGACCACUCGCAUUCAGACCCGGGCUUCGACACCUUGUCCACCGGCCACACGGCCUUCCAUAGCGACUCUGGUUCCGUGCUCCUGUCCGGCACUCUGCCACAUCCCAGCCUGCUCCACGAGAGUGCAGCCUACAAAAAUGCGCAUGCCCACCGCUCGACUUCCGAUCUGAAGGACGCCUCCAAGCGAAACGAGUCAUUCGAGAAGGUCUCGCGGAGAGCGAACCAGAGCAUGACCAGCAGUGGUGGCAGUGCUAAGACCGGCGGAGGAUUGCUGAGGAUGGGGGGAAUGGGAGGAGAUGGGUCCGCCACGGAGGGUGGGUAUGGAGGAAUCAGCUUGCUCAGCGACGGCUUAACUCUAUCGGGAGGUGGAGGCGGAGGUGUAGGUGGAGGCACAGGAAGCCUACUGGAAGAGCACCUCAUGUCAGCGUCAUACAGCUCCCUGUCACCGCGUGCCCGCGAGUACAUGACCCUGUCCGCCCACAUGAACAUUCACGAGGAGACAGACUCGCCCUUUCUGGGCAAGCGCAAGAAGCCGGAAGUGGCCCUCGUCACCAACGACGUGGACCUCAACUUCACCGUCAACCACGCCUACGCUCGCAGCCGCCAAGGGAGUGAACGGUCCAGUGAGAAGGGGCUGGAUGAAAUUGACUUGAACCUUGGGUCCACAGUGGAAAUUCCAACUCGUACCGUCGAAGAGUCUCUUAUGUACUAUUAAGCUUUUUUCCUUUUUUUAAAAGAAAUAAUUUUCUGUUAUACGCUGAUUUCAUUAUUUAUGUGCUGAAUUAUGGCUGUCGGUUAGUCACUACAAAUGCAGCUUUUAACGGUGCUUCCCUUGCGAAAAGGACAUGCAGAAACUUUAAAUAAAUUAACUUUUGCUGUGAAUAUUAUUGUUUUGGAACAUGCAGCUACAAUGAGCAAAUUCGUCCAUGAUGACUGUGCUUCUUUGUUAGGGGAAUUUCUGUAGAUGUUACCUAACGCUUCCAGCAAACUUGAUGUAGCGCCGGGUGCAAAAAAAAAAAUAAUAAUAAUAUAAUGAUGAUGAUGAUGAUGGUGAUGAUGAUGUUUUGAUACGCAUCGUUCACUUACCAGUCUUUCCUGUAAAAUGACUACAGGCAGACACAGGAAUAUAAAAGAGAUAAUAUAAAAGGACGUACAUAUUCAGAGAUUACUGUGAGAUACAUAGGAAAAAAUAAGGACCUUUAAUAUGGACCUCCCCACCCCCUAUCUUGUCACCACUGCUACAGCUUGUGUGGUGGAGGAUUUAUGGUAACAAUGUGACCAUGCAUCUUCCAUUCAGUACACUAUAGUUGUUUAAGUGGAUCAUUCUUGUCGUUUGUUCUAAAACAUGUUGCCCAUAUUCCCGGUGCUUUGUGCUUUUAAUGAAGAAGAAUUUGAACUGAUUUCUUUAAGAAAAAAGUUACAUAUUGAUGUUCGUGCCAUCACCCUGAAACUGCUGACUAAGAAAGAUGACCAGAUGAUAUUCGCAAAAAUCGCAAGGAAUGAGCGAUGCAGCAUCGACUAAAUGUUAGACAUAUAGAAACCACAAAUAGCAAUAUCUGUAAAGCUGGUAGACAUUUAACCUUUGGAUGAUUAAUUGAACCUGUAACCCUGUAUUGCGAUGUCAGCGAACACCAUUUUCAUUGCUGUGUAUUUCUUUGCAGCCUAGCCAAUAUUUGGACACACAACAGCAUCUCUGUUUACUUUUCUAAAAGUGAAAUAAGCUUCUUUAUUUGUCUAAACGUUUAAUUUCUGGCUUAACUUGAUAACAAAUGUUAGUAGUGUUUGAAAUAAUUUAUGAAAUUAUACCGCUUUUCAAAAUUAAUCAAGUUGUUUCUAGUUAUUUCAAAUAUUAAAUGUAGAUCACUCCUUCAGAUAAUAAUUGCAAACAGAAUGUUGAGUUUACUCACA